AUGGAACCUGGAAAACACGUGAGAGAAAGACACUGCCUCCGCAGCUGGCGGUCUCGCCUCGCUGUGGCCGCUCUUGUCUUUGUUGUUCUUCUCGCAAUCAUCCUCCCACCCGCAAUUAUAGUCAGUUCGCGCAAGGAUAAUAAUAACAUGGGCCCGAAAGCAAAGGUCUUUGUCCCUCUUUAUGUGUACCCCGCUCCUGGUGCGUGGGAUCCGCUGGUGAAUGUGAUAUCUACCCACCCCAACGUCAACUUCACAGUUGUUGUGAACCCUGGUAGCGGCCCAGGCCCGAACCCUUUGCCCGAUGGCAACUACACGAAGGAGAUUCCUCGGUUAACCGCCCACGGCAAUGUUCGGGUAUUGGGAUAUGUUGCUACGACGUAUGCAAAGCGCAAUAUUUCGUCAGUGCGCAACGACAUCGAGACCUACGCCGCAUGGCCUACCAUUAGCGCCAAUCCCAAACUCACGGUUCGGGGGAUAUUCUUCGACGAAACGCCUCAACAGUACGAUGAAGAGACCUUUGCGUAUCUGGAAGAGCUCAGCAAGAUCGUGAGAAACACCCCAGGGUUGGGGCCCGACCAUUUCGUCUUCCAUAACCCCGGAGUAGUGCCAGACUCUCGCUACCUGACGACAGCUGACUCGACCGUUGUAUUCGAGGCAACUUAUGACACCUUCCAGGAGCGCGAUGGAGCCAGGCUGUUCGAGGCGAUACCCGACAGCGACCGCAGCCAGCUUUGUGCAGUGAUCCACUCCCUACCAGAGGGCGUGGAAGGGUCAGAGCUGCGAGAAUUUGUGAAGCAGGUGCGACGAAUUGCAGACGAGGUCUUCAUUACCCAUCUGAGCACGAAUUACUACGCCGGUUUUGGCGGCAAAUGGAAGGACUUUGUUAGACUUAUGUCCCAGUAA